AUAGAAAAUAUUAAAAUUAACAAAGAGUCAAGAAUAAGUGAGAUGAAUGAUAAUAAUGCAGAAAAAAGCCACUUGUCGAUUUUGACACCUAGUAAUAUUAUGGUGCUUCUGGACUGGUCAUUUAUUCUAAUUAGUAAUACCCCAGCUAAAACAUUUGUAAAGAUUA